GCAGGGCGGCUGUGGGUGGGUCUGACGUGAGGCUACACGAGAUUCUCCUGUGCGCCGCUUUCUACUACUUUCGGCUCUCGGGUGUCUUUGCCAUGGGGCUGCAGCAGAUGUGGAGGCUCGUGUGGAGGUUUAAUUCAUUCAAAAGAACUGAUAUCAUACUGCAACAUUUGAGAAUGUCUAAGCACACGGAGGCAGCAGAAGUACUAUUGGAAAGAAAAGGUUGUGCAGGAGUGAUAACACUAAACAGACCAAAGUUCCUAAAUGCACUGAAUGUUAGUAUGAUUCGGCACAUUUAUCCACAGCUGAAGAAUUGGGAACAAGAUCCUGAAACUUUCCUGAUCAUUAUAAAAGGAGCUGGUGGAAAGGCUUUCUGUGCUGGGGGUGAUAUCAGAGCGAUCUCCGAAGCUGGAAAGGCAAACCAGAAGAUAGCUCAAGAUUUCUUUAGAGAAGAAUAUAUGCUGAACAAUGCCAUUGGUUCUUGCCAGAAACCAUAUGUUGCACUUAUUCAUGGAAUUACAAUGGGUGGGGGAGUUGGUCUCUCAGUUCAUGGGCAAUUCCGAGUGGCUACUGAAAAGUCUCUCUUUGCGAUGCCAGAAACAGCAAUAGGACUAUUCCCUGAUGUGGGUGGAGGUUAUUUCUUGCCACGACUUCGAGGAAAACUUGGUUAUUUCCUUGCAUUAACAGGAUUCAGGCUGAAAGGAAGAGAUGUGUAUGCAGCAGGAAUUGCUACACAUUUUGUAGAUUCUGAAAAGUUGGGCAUGUUAGAAGAAGAUUUGUUAGCCUUAAAAUCUCCCUCAAAAGAAAAUAUUGCAGAUGUCUUAGAUGCUUACCAUGCAAAGUCCAAGAUUGAUCAAGACAAGUCUUUUAUACUUGAGGAACACAUGGACAAAAUAAACAGUUGGUUCUCAGCCAAUACCUUGGAAAAGAUAAUUGAAAAUUUACAGCAAGAUGGUUCAUCUUUUGCCCUAGAACAGUUGAAGGUAAUUAGUAAAAUGUCUCCAACAUCCCUAAAGAUCACACUAAGGCAACUCAUAGAGGGGUCUUCAAAGACCUUGCAAGAAGUAUUAACUAUGGAAUAUCGGCUGAGUCAAGCUUGUAUGGGAGGCCAUGACUUUUAUGAAGGUGUUAGGGCAGUUUUAAUAGAUAAAGACCAGAGUCCAAAGUGGAAACCGGCUGAUUUAAAAGAAGUUACUGAUGAAGAUUUGAAUGAUUACUUUAAAUCUCUGGGAAGUAACGAUUUGAAAUUUUAAGGUGACUAGAUUUUUAAGGGAUUAUUUUGGAGCACGUGUCGGCAAACCAAAGUACAUGGGCCAGAUCCGGCCUGCUGCCUGUUGUUCAGUUUUCCACAAGCUAAGAAUGGUUUCUGCAUUUUUAAAUGGCUGAGGG